CCUCAACCUCAUGGUUCCCAGUCGGAUUCCUUAACCACUGCGCCACUACAGGAACUCCAGGAAGCUGCAAAUUUAAAUAAGAGUGGUCAAAGAAGGUCUCCCUGAUAAGCUAACUCCCUAAGCGAAGGUACGUUUUCCAUCUCCAGAAGGUUUCAGUGUUUACCCACAGCAAACAUGGCGGAAAAGGCUUCAUCCGAACACUCUCGGGCCACCAAUAAAGACGACCACAGCGCUUCCUGUGUUUGCCCUUAACAAAGAUGGCUACAACACUUCCUGUUCAGGUCUCUUGCCUUCAACAAAGAUGGUGCCCAUGGUACAGGUUCCCUGACUGUCUGGAUUCCGGUUGCAGUUUGUUCUGUUUUGUUUUUAAAGAUACGUGUUUGCAGACGGGCACAUGGAGGCUAGAGACAAGCAAGUCCUUCGCUCCCUUCGCCUGGAGCUGGGUGCAGAGGUGCUGGUAGAGGGGCUGGUUCUUCAGUAUCUUUACCAGGAAGGGAUCUUGACGGAAAACCACGUUCAAGAAAUUAAAGCUCAAGCUACAGGCCUUCGGAAAACAAUGCUGCUGCUGGAUAUCCUACCUUCCAGGGGUCCUAAAGCAUUCGAUGUAUUCCUAGAUUCCCUGCAGGAAUUCCCUUGGGUAAGGGAGAAGCUGGAGAAGGCAAGAGAAGAAGCCAUCGUUGAGCUGCCUGCAGAUGACGCGAUGGCUGGAAUCCCCCCGCACAUCCUCAACAGCUCCCCGUCCGACCAGCAGAUCAACCAGCUGGCGCAGAGGCUGGGCCCCGAGUGGGAGCCCGUGGUGCUGUCUCUGGGCCUGUCCCAGACCGACAUCUACCGCUGUAAGGCCAACCACCCCCACAACGUCCAGUCCCAGGUGGUGGAGGCCUUUGUCCGCUGGAGGCAGCGCUUCGGAAAGCAGGCCACCUUCCAGAGCCUUCACAGGAGCCUCCAGGCCAUGGAGGUGGACCCGUCUGUGCUCCAGCACAUGUUGGAAUGAUGGUGCACCCGUUAACGCCCGGGGCCCCCCGUGGCAUGUGCCAAAUCCUCACUCUCACCAGGGGCAGGUAGAUUUGGGGGGAUUUUUUGUUGUUGUUGUUGUUGUUGUUUGGUCUUUUUAGUGAUCCUUCGAUAAAAGGAGAUAAUGUGAUUUCCACUUGACAUUUCCUUGAGAGGCAGGAUGACUGAGUAGGUUUCCCACACUGCUGCAUUGACAAUUCAUUGUGUCUCAUUGCUCGAGGAUUGCAUUAUUUGAAUUGUGCAGGUUUUAAUUGUGUGGUUGCCUUUCAAUAAACUGAUUCAUCCUAGUGGCCCGAAAAAAAUGCAAGUGUCCUAUAUAUAAAACAUCCACUUUUAUGAUGCCUGAGAAUCGAACGGUGGACAUAGCUGUUGAUAAUUAUGAUAAUAAGAAAAAAUGAAUUACUGUAUAUAAAAUGGCCCUCUCAUGAAUAAGUAUUUUUGAUAUUUCUGUAUUGCAUAGAUUGGGUGUGAAAUUCUCAUAGUCCUUUCUCUGGAACAGAAUUGAUAGUAACAGCGAAAUGGCUAUGUUCUCUGGUCAAAGUAAAUAGCACAGGCAGGGUGCCUGCAUUAAAUGGAAGACACUAAAGCUCCCUGCAAAGACCAGUUACAGUCCCAGCCUGCAAACCUGAGCUCUUUAUCCUUAAAAAAAUUUGCUUAAGAAAAUCACGUGCCCUUUAUUGAAAGGAGUGGGGCUUGGGUGACAGUGUGGUCCUUCCUCUGAGGUCUUAAUGACUGAAGGGUUGUGCUCCUAAGGGCCACGGUUUAAUCUUCUGCCCUUUUACUACUAGCACGUGGCCUUUGUCAGACGCUUGACCGUUUGCAAGGCUUUUCACACAUGUUGUCUUGUCCGGACCUCACAGAGGUGCUGUGAAGUAGCUGGGAAGAGAGGUGAGCCCCCUUCUGUCGUGAGAUGGAGUGAUGUGCCUGGGGUGACUGAGUCAGAGUGUGUCUUGAGAUCACCCCUCCUGUGUGCCCUUUCCACCUGCUCAGUGUCACUCCCUCCUCCCCCACGUGCUCUCCUUCCUCCUCUCCCGGGAAGGAGCUCACUGCCCGCCUGCGGCCAGCGGCAUCUCCUUGGGUGAGUCACGUCACUUCUCUAAGCCUCAGUUUCCUCAUUGGUAGAAUGAGGCAAUGCUUUGUCCCCACGUCCGAGACUUUUGUGUUGCUUAAAGGCGUCACAUCUGCCAAGGGCUCCUCCAGUGCUUGGCCCAUCAUCAGCUCUUGGGAAAUGGGAGCUGUUCAUUGGCGGCUGUGGCUGGUUGUGGGUGCAGUUCACAGACCAAGCCGAGCACUGGCUGAAGCUGAGGGCUCUGUAGGAGGAAGUGCUAUUACCAUGCCUCUUGCUAGGCUUUAAAAUGGGAUAGGAUUUUAUCAACUGCUCAGUGGGCCCUGUCAAGAGAGGGACAGGUGACCAUUCCCAGUCUGUGAUCUGUCCUUCGGGAUAAUUGAAGAAUCCAUUUCUUAAUCCGAACCUAGCUCAGAAUUUUUCAAAGGGAAAAAAACCUGUACUGUUUACUUGUGUCCAUUCUGAGCACAGGCACAUCGAGUGGUGAGUGUGAACAGAAAGUGAACACUCAAGAGGAGGCCGGUCUUGUGUUGAUGACAUCCUUUCAAGUGUCUGGGAAGCAUAUUCCCUGUCCUAAGAAGGAUCAGUUAUGUUUAGGGUUCAACACAUAGAUCAGAGGAAUGGUCCACUGGCCUUAUCAGCUCGAAUUUUCCAUGUUGUAGCCCAGCCAUGAAUUCAUUACCUUACAAAAUCCUCACGCUUCUGGCCCCAUCGCUGCGCCCCGUGGUAGACUGUACCUCCCCCCACCUUCCGUAACUGCUCGUCAUUGUGAACCUUGGACUUGUUAAUAGCGCUCUUCGUCUCCCUGGGUUUGCUAACAGAGUUGCUGCAGCUUGUGUGCUCACCACAUUUACGGAUGAGUGAGGAUGGCUGGGCUUUGCUGCAUCUGCCUAGAUGGCGUUUUAGAAGCGGGUGUGAUGACUGGCUAGGUCAUUCUCGCCCUUUGUGGGCAUCUGUCAUGCACGGACACCUGUGUGCUCUGUCAGCAGUAAAGGGCAACUCGUGAUGAACUCGCCUGCCAUGGGCUGUCAGGGUUCUCAGGGAGCUCAGAUGUGUUGCCCUUAAUGGUCAAGGGGUCUCCACCAUCACGUGGCAGCUGCACCUGACCGGGCUGGCUCAUGUUCUUGCCGAAGAUUUGCCGAAUGGAAGAACCAAGCAGCAGAUCACUGUCUGAUUUCUACCUCUGGCUGCAAAGAGUGACGCCACAUGUCACCUGCCUACCUGCCAAGAGAAUCUGAGAGGUGAUGUGCUUGCGAGCAGUACAUGUGUUUUUGUGCAGGAGAAGAUUCUACGAUUCCAGAGAUCGCCUUCCGCCGAUAAACUUCUGAAUAAGUGCAGUGAGGUGACAGGGCACUUGGAGGUGCUGACCAAAAAAAAAGAUUAAAAAGUCUCACUCUA